CACAAGCAUCCAACCAAGCAAGCUCGAACACGAAAAGCCAGCAACAAUCAAGCUGAGAAUCUAUUGCUUGUGGAACGACAGGAAUAGACGUGAGUCAAGACGGAGUUGCAGGAAUAUUGCACUGUGGUAGUUGAACAUCGCCAUUACGCACAACGCAACUCGCAAAUCAGAGCAAUCAGCAAAGGAAAAAGCAACAGCAGCGACAACAACGAGAAGGAUAUCGAAACCGACGACGAUAGACUAGACUAGACGGGCAUCGGAGACGCACUCAUCUAGCGAAAAGCAACGGAAAAAGAAUAUCGAAUCGAAUCGAAUCGAAUCGAAUCGUAAACUUCAAUUGAUUUAUCUAACAUGUCGAACGCGAGGAAAUUGCAGAGUACGUUUCGUGUCUCGCAGUGUUGUUCUUGCCUUUUUCGUCUCCGUUUCCUUCGCCGUAGCCGUUGUCGCAGAGUCAUUGCGAUCCCCCCUUGUACCGCAUGACAACACGACUGCGACAUUGCUAACACAUUUAUCGAUUUUCAACACCCCAAUCCAGCCGAGAUCGACCGGGUCAUGAAAAAGGUCGACGAGGGCGUCGAGCUCUUCGACGAAAUAUGGGAGAAGGUGUACUCGGCGGAGCAACAGAACCAAAAGGAAAAGUACGAGAUGGACCUCAAGAAGGAGAUCAAGAAACUCCAGCGGCUGCGGGACCAGAUCAAGUCCUGGAUCGGUUCCUCCGACGUCAAGGACAAGGAACCCCUUCUCGACGCACGCCGACUGAUCGAGACGAAGAUGGAAGCCUUCAAGUACUGCGAGAAGGAGACCAAAACGAAGACCUACUCGAAGGAAGGGCUGGCCAAGGCGGAGAAGCUGACGCCCGAGGAAGAAGCCAAGAAGUCGACCUGCGAAUGGAUCAACGACAUCAUCGAGAAACUCAACCAGAUGGUCGAGGAUCGCGACCUGGAAGUGGAGCGGCUGGCGGCAGGCAAGGGAAAGAAGACCAACAAGAACCUCAUUGACGACUGCAACCACUUCCUGCAGAUGCACCGCUUCCACCUCACCAAGCUGGAGGGAAUUAUCCGGCUGGUCAACAACGAUGUUCUAAGCGUGGAGGUGGUCGAUCCCAUCAAGGAAGACCUGGACUACUACAUCGAUUCCUACGAGGACGACGACUAUCAGCAGGCCUACGACGAGGAUUUCUUUUACGAAGCCCUCGGGCUGGACGAUUUGCAGGUCGUCAACGUCGAUCGCGUCACGCAGGCCUCGGCCGAAAAGGAAAAGGCCAAGAAAAACGAUCCCUACAGCGACCUGGCCUCCUCUUCCAGCAAGGGAAGCGAGAAGGGAUCCAAGAAGUCGAAGAAGUCCUCUUCCACCACCAUGAUUCCUCUGACCAUUGGCCGGGCACGCAAGGGAAAGAAAUCCAAGAGCACGAGCUCGUCGAAAUCCUCCUCGUCGGCAAACACUGCCGAUGCCUCCGGGGACGACGAUUCCACGCACGGCAACACGCCCACGAAGCGCAGGGGCGGACUCGGGGGGAUUCCCACCCCGACCACCAUCCCCGCGGCGUCCACCGUCUCCAACCUCGGCGGGUCUUCGAUGGCCGCCAUUCUCAAGAGGGAAACGGAGCAGCAGGAAAAGGAGCGGGCCCAGAAGGCGGCACAGGCCCUUGCCGCGGAGCAGCUGCGCCUCCAGCAACUCCAGGCGCAGCAACAGGCGGCGCUGCGGGCUCAGCAGCAGCAGGAGCAGCUUCGCCUCCAGCAGCAGGAAGCCCAGAUGCGGAUGCAGCAGGUGGAAGCGGCCGCCAAGCAGAAGGCCAUGCAGGAGCAGCAGCAGGCGGCGCAGGCCGCCCAGAUUCGCCAGCAACAGGAAGCGCAGAUCCGCCAGCAGCAGCUCCAGAAGGCACAGCAGCAACAACAACACCAGCAGCAGCAAUCCGCGGGGGGAGCCGCUGACGCCAACUCCAAGGGGGGGACGGGCUCCACGUCCUCGGUGGGCACCAGCGGGAGCCUGGAUAUCAUCUCGGGCAUUGGGGGCAUGAGCCUCGGUGUGCCGACCAGCGGGGGUGGCAGCGGUGCUUCCAGCGUCGGCAGCAGGGGCUCACAGCACCGGCGGGGGGCCAGCAACCACUCCUCCGACGGGGGGUCCUCCUCCGUCAACGGUGCCGUCCUGGGCAGCAUGGGCGGCGCGGCUCCCGCGGACGGAAGCGUCCUGCAGGAGUCUUACGCGACGCUGCCCUCCUCCAACGAGCACGACCGAACCACGUCGCGGACCAAUGCGUACACCCCGCAGAACCCGUAUGCCAACACCCCCGCCUCGUACCCGUCGACGCCGAACCCCAUCUUCGAGAACCCCUCCGUCUUUGAAAAACUCGGGACCGACGCCCUCUUUUACAUUUUUUAUUACAAGCAGGGAACCUACCAGCAAUACCUGGCGGCCCGAGAGCUCAAGAAGCAGUCGUGGCGGUUUCACAAGAAGUACAUGACGUGGUUCCAGAGGCACGAGGAGCCCAAGGUGACGACGGACGAAUACGAGCAGGGGACCUACGUGUACUUUGAUUGGGAGACGGGCUGGUGCACCCGCAUCAAGCAGGAGUUCCGCUUUGAAUACUCCUUUCUGGAGGACACGCUGCAAUGAUGAUGAUUCUGUUGGUCUGAUCUGGUCUGUUCUGAUCUAACCGACCGCAACCGAUGGAAGUGUUUGCGGAUCUUUUUCUGGAUGAAUUUGUGCACGGAUGGAUGGAUGGCUUUGUCAAUCCGUACUUCGGCGAUGAGCUCCAGCCGGAUUCAAUUCAGCGAAAGGGACGAUAAUCAAGUCAAACAAAUUGCAUCGAAGAGCUGGGUCAAACAAAACAAUCGAAUCAAGUUUGCUACACUACCUAUAACAUUAUCGUUGUUAUUUUUGUUACUUUUUUGUGUUUUAUGACAUAGAGGACACGGUUGAAAAGAGUGUGCCGCAUUGAAUUUCAACUCGAACUCGUAGUACUGCCAGCAGCUGUUCCUAUACUAGAACCACAACUGCUUUUGCGACUGAACGACAUUGUGCCUCUUCUCGUGGUAUUGGCUUUCGAAAGGAUGAUUUGAAUGAGGAGAUGGUAACUGGAGAGAGAGGAGGGUGGGGGGAGGGCAAGAUAGCCAAAGCCAAAAAAUGGGACGCACGGUGAUUUAGGCGAGAACGCUGGACCGAUUGGCAGAUACAG